UUACUCGCAUGAAAUAAAGCGUGCACAUGUUUUAAUUUUUGAGUUUAUUUAAUUUUUUUCUUUUUCAAAAUCAGUAAAAUGUCACCAACUUGUGAUAAAUUAUUGAUGGAAAAUAAGAUAUCAUUCGAUGAAGUUAAACAAUUAAAUGAUUAUUUCAAAGAUCUAAUCAAUAAAAUUCCACCGAAAAUUUUUUUCAAUAAAAACGAACAAAUCCUUCAAACAAUCGAAAAUGCAAAGAGAAAAAAAUUUGCUAACAAUUCCGAAUUAUCUGACAAAUCAAAACAUAAACGAGUCAAAUUAGAUCCUAGUAAUCAACAACGUGUUUCAGAUGUUGCACAAGAAUUUGUUCAACAAAAAGAAAGUGAUGGAAAAAUUAAUGAACUCCGAAAAAAAUUGGCUAAAAGAAUUAAAGAUCUUCGUGACAGAAGAACCGGAGGCAAAAAUGUUCAUCAAACAACCCCGAAAAUAAUGGAUAAUGAUGAUGCUAAUUCUGAAAUCAGCCUGAAUAAAAAUAAGCCCAAAAUUUUUAAUGAACAAGGUAAUCUGGUGUUCUCCAAAUUCGAUUUAACCUCACAGGUAGAUUUAUCUGCCGAACGGGAAAUGACCAAAGAUCGUGAACUUAAAAAACAACACAACAAAACUUCAUUGCAAGGAUUAUUAAUUAAAGCCGAAAAAGAUGAACGAAAAGUUUCCCAUUUACAAGCCACUAAUUCGAAGGCCGCAGAAAAAUUUAAAAAAGCAAGAAUAUGGCAAACAGUACUAGAAAAAAGUGAAGGUAACAAAGUUCGUGAUGAUCCACAAUUGAUCAAAAAAUCAUUGAAAAAACAACAAAAAAAGAAAUCGAAAAAUUUUAAAGUUUGGAAUGAACGAAAAGAAUCGGUUAAAAAACGUCAACAAUCUAAACAAGAUCGACGACAACGAAUGUUGGAAGAACGAAAAAAUAAAAAAGAAAAACGUUCAAAACGUUAUCUUAAGAAAAAUAAAUAAGACAUUCUUUUAUUUUAUUCUAAUUUAA